UAUAUACACACUGCACACACGUGAACUAAUAAUCAUAUACAGAAUCAACGAAAAUCUCUCUCUUGCUCUGUGUGUGGACAGGAAGAAAAUGGAAUUGAAAGUCUACUGCGAUCGCCUGUCUCAGCCAUCACGCGCAAUCCUCAUCUUCUGCAAAGCAAAUGGGAUAGAAUUUGAGGAGGUUAAGAUUGAUCUUGGCAAAGGCCAACACCUCUCUGCCGAAUAUGCAGCACUCAAUCCCAUGAAACAAGUUCCAGCUAUUGUACAUGGUGAUUUCAAGCUUUUUGAGAGUCAUGCAAUACUUAUCUAUCUGGCUUCUGCAUUUCCUGGAGUUGCUCAUCAUUGGUACCCGGCAGAUACACGCGAGAGAGCAAGGGUCCACGCAGUGCUAGAUUGGCAUCACACAAACCUGCGCCGUGGUUCUAUUGGAUUUAUCUUCAACAACACUAUAUGUUUGGCAUUUGGAAUUCCUGUGAACCCUGAAGCAGCAGCGAAAGGCGAAAAACUUCUCUCAGCAUCUCUUGCGAGAAUUGAGUCAUUUUGGCUCCAAGAAGAUGGACCAUUUUUGCUUGGAAAUGCAAAGCCCACAAUUGCUGAUUUAGCUUUAGUAUGUGAGCUCAUGCAACUUGAGGCUGGAGACAAGGAUGAUCGAGAUCGUAUACUGAGUCCCCACAAGAGAGUAGUGAAGAUUGCAAGUGCACCUCAUUUUGAGGAAGUUCAUGCGAUAAUGGGUCCAGUGAGAGACAAACUGAAGCAAUUGAAGACCCAAGCUAUUGAAAAGUUAGAGUGAGCUGAAAAUGUAGGUGUGUGAUAAAAUAAUAAAUGAGGGUAUGCCAAUAAGACUAAUUAAGUCUGCUUCUUCAAAUACUUGAACACUCAAACAAUUUGUUGUUUGAGAGAUGUGUUAUCAAUAUGCGUCUUUUUUAGAUAUUAAAAGUAAAAAAGUCUGUCAAACAAAGGAAUUAUUUCCCUUU